UAGGCUUGAGAUACAACAGUGCCAGCUAUCUACUGAGAUGACCGACAAGUUGUGGUCCUGCCUCAGACCCUUCACCCCACUGAAUCAGCUCAGCAUCUCAGACUCCUCUCUCAGUUUCCCUCCAUCUCCUCCUGAGCUUCCAUCCGUCAAAAAGCUAUCAGCCGAGAGAGUGGCAACACAUAUCUAUGAAGGUCUGUUCUCAUCGCUUCCUGGCUUGAGAGAUAUCGACAUCACUAUCGAUGAUGCAGAGAGGGACAUACCUCAGAUCACGGCUGGUCUUCGUCGGUCUGGAAGACAGGAGCUCACACACAUCACCAUUACAGCACCGCCAUCACUCCCAUCAGAGAAGAACAGUGUAUCUAGACAGACGAUGAGAGAAGUGGGUCUUCUGGUCAGAGAACAAACCAAGAACCUGCAGCGGCUUUCUCUUUCCGGGAUGAGGUGCUUUGACGAAGAAGACUUGAUUGACCUCGUCGAGUCGUCGGCAUAUUCAAAGUCAUUGGAUAGUCUGCAUUUACAGUCUCUUGAUUGUGGGUCUUUCGACUACGAUAGACAAUCAGAUGUUCAGAUAAAAAAAUGUCAGCUUUCUACUGAGAUGACUGCCAGGAUGUGGUCCUGUCUCAGGUCCUUUACCUCACUGAAGCAUCUCACCAUCUCAGACUCUUCUCUCAGUUUCCCUCCAUCUCCUCCUGAGCUUCCAUCCGUUCUAAAGCUAUCAGCCGAGAGAGUGACGACACAUAGCUAUGAAGGGCUGCUCUCAUCGCUUCCUGGUUUGAGAGAUAUCGACAUCACUAUCGAUGAUGCAGAGAGGGACAUACCUCAGAUCACGGCUGGUCUUCGUCGGUCUGUAAGACAGGAGCUCACACACAUCACCAUUACAGCACCGCCAUCACUCCCAUCAGAGAAGAACAGUGUAUCUAGACAGACGAUGAGAGAAGUGGGUCUUCUGGUCAGAGAACAAACCAAGAACCUGCAGCGGCUUUCUCUUUCCGGGAUGAGGUGCUUUGACGAAGAAGACUUGGUUGACCUCGUCGAGUCGUCGGCAUAUUCAAAGUCAUUGGAUAGUCUGCAUUUACAGUCUCUUGAUUGUGGGUCUUUUGACUACGAUAGACAAUCAGAUGUUCAGAUAAAAAAAUGUCAGCUUUCUACUGAGAUGACUGCCAGGAUGUGGUCCUGUCUCAGGUCCUUUACCUCACUGAAACAUCUCACCAUCUCAGACUCUUCUCUCAGUUUCCCUCCAUCUCCUCCUGAGCUUCCAUCCGUCACAAAGCUAGCAGCCGAGAGAGUGACAUCACAUAGCUAUGAAGGUCUGCUCUCAUCGCUUCCUGGCUUGAUAGAUAUCGACAUCACUAUCGAUGAUGCAGAGAGGGACAUAUCUCAGAUCACGGCUUGUCUUCGUCGGUCUGGAAGACAGGAGCUCACACACAUCACCAUUACAGCACCGCCAUCACUCCCACCAGAGAAGAACAGUGUAUCGAAAGAGACGAUGAGAAGACUGGGUAUUCUGAUCAGAGAACAAACAAAGAACCUGCAGUGGCUUUGUCUGUCCAGAGUUAAAUGCACAGACGAAAAAGACUUGGUUGAACUCGUAGAGUCUUGCGGACAGGCGAAGACACUGCGUCAUUUUAUGCUUCUUGGCUGUGGUACAAACAUAGACGGUAGACUAGUACUUCACAUCACUGGUCUUCACAUGUCAAAUAAGUCACUCAGGGUGAUUGCCUUGCAUGAUGACGGUCAACUCGUCGUAGAGAAAUUCCAAUUAUCUUCUGAGAUGACUACCAGGAUGUGGUCUUGUCUCAGAUCCUUCACCUCACUGAAACAUCUCACCAUCUCAGACUCUUCUCUAAGUUUCCCUCCAUCUCCUCCUGAGCUUACAUCCGUCACAAAGCUAUUAUUAGUAAAGAGAGCGACGUUACAAAGCAAUGAAGGGCUGCUCUCAUCGCUUCCUGGCUUGAGAGAUAUCGAUAUCACUAUUGGUGAUGCAGAGAGAGACAUAUCUCAGAUCACGGCUGAUCUUGGUCGGACUGGAGGACAGCAGCUCACACGAAUGACCAUUAGAGCACCUUCAUCACUCCCACCAGAGAUGAACAGUGUAUCGAGAGAGACGAUGAGAGGACUGGGUCUUCUGAUCAGAGCACAAACCAAGAACAUGCAGCAGUUAUAUGUGUCCGGGGUGAAGUGCACAGACGAGGAAGACUUGAAUCACCUCAUCGGGAGCUGCAGAUAUGUGAAGACGAUGUCAAAAGUGUGCCUCGAAGGGUGUGGGAGUACAGCGGGCGGUAGACUGGAAAGUCAUCUGACGAGACUUCAUACCGGCACACUCAAUGUGUUUCUCAUGCAUGGUAUUGAUGAUACGCAUUCGGGGUAUUACCCAAUUAACCACAUUGAUUGAGCCACAGUAUAGCUGCAGCUGACACAGUGCAUUGCAUUGUACCUGACAUCAUUUUUUUUCCUCACAUUAGUUGAGUAUCAGUGAUGACUACGGUAUACACUAUCUGGUCAAAAUGACAUGUUGCAUAUCU